CAGUAGUCGUGGUUUGGUUUUCAAUAUUAUAGCAAAUAGCAUAAAUGAGCAAACAAACUCGUUUGUUCUAUGAUAUCAGCACAAUUAAUGAAUAGAUUUCAGAGAAACCAGUUGUUAACAGAAAUAUUUGUUGCAAGAAUUUUAACAGAUUAAGAGAAUUAGUAUCCUAAAAACUGAUGUCCAAUUGAAUCUUUGAAAAAUCAAGUGAACGAUUUGUUGUCGAUGCUACAGUAACCUAAUGGACAACGGUGAUAUUAAUCUUGAAGAAGGAGAGCUUGAUGUAGAUCUCAGCGAUGAGGACGGAUGCAAGUUCAAACAUGAAAAGUGAGCAUUAAUAUCGUUGACCCCAAAUUUCUUCAGUGAUUUAAAGAAGGAAGAGAAGCUAGAUAAAGAAGUUGAAGUAAAAAAGCACAAGAAGAAAGAUAAAAAGGCUAAGAAGGAAAAGAAACAUAAGAAGAAAAAGAAAAAACAUAGGCAUGAGAACAAGGAAAAAUGGUACCUUCCGCUAAUCUUACUUACCUUUAGUUCUCUUAAUAAUGGUGAUGUUGUUCAACCACCUGUGAAUGAAGCAAAGUUAGAAGAUCCUGGAAGCCCCAAAAAAGAAAUUGAUGGUGUCCCAUAUGUUCCAAAACGCGUUCCUAUCUCUCUGGAGGAGCUGAUUUUAAAAAGGAAGGCAGAAGAGGCAGAAUUAAUCAAACCGAAAUUUAUAUCUAAGGAGGAACGUAUUCAACAAGCCAUCCAAAGAAGACAAGCUGAAGUUCAAGCUCAACGUGAAAAACAGAUGGAGGCCUUCAAAAAACAGACGGAAUAUCUUGAAGGGGCUAAAGGUUACACGCUUAUCUAUUGUUAUGUUUUUAGAUCUGGAACGAAAGAGACGCGCCGAAGAUUUUCAAGAAAGAAUGAGGCAGCACCGAAACUUUAAAAAUACUGGCAAACGAGCAGCUCAGGAAGAAGGUCCGGGAGAUAAGGUAAACAUUUCACAAGAAGAACAAGCUAUCAAAGAGCGCUACUUGGGUCAGAAGCGUCUGACUAAGCGUCGACCCAGGCGACUUAAUGAGAGGAAAUUUGUAUUUGACUGGGAUGUCGCCGAUGAUACUAGCCAGGAUUACAACCCGCUUUACAAAGAAAAGCACCAAAUCCAGUUUUUUGGCCGUGGACAUAUUGGUGGUAUUGAUAUUAAGCAACAAAAAAAGGAAAUUGGACGAUUUUAUUCAAAGCUGUUAGAAAGCCGCCGUUCUGACACCCAGAAAGUCCAAGAAAAGAAACGUCUAAGUGGUGUGGCAAAGCGUGAAGCUAAGCAAAAAUGGGAUGACAGGCACUGGACAGAAAAGGCCCUUGAUCAGAUGACUGAACGCGACUGGAGAAUCUUUCGCGAAGAUUUUAAUAUAUCUACCAAGGGAGGUAAUAUUCCAAACCCCCUCAGGUCUUGGGCGGAAAUGAAUGUUGCUGAUGAACUUAAGGAUGUAAUCAAAAAGGUUGGUUAUCCUGAACCAACACCAAUUCAACGCCAAGCAAUACCAAUAGGUCUGCAAAACCGUGAUAUUAUUGGUGUUGCAGAAACAGGCUCAGGGAAAACAGCAGCUUUCCUUAUACCCCUGUUGAAUUGGAUUCAGCGACUUCCAAAACUGGAAAGACUUGAGGACACAGAGCAAGGACCAUAUGCUAUUAUUAUGGCUCCUACCAGAGAAUUGGCACAGCAAAUUGAGGAAGAAACAGUGAAAUUCGGUCGACCACUGGGAAUCAAAACUGUUUCGUUAAUUGGUGGUCUCUCGCGUGAAGAUCAGGCAUUAAAGCUCCGAAUGGGCGCAGAAAUAGUUAUUGGUACUCCUGGUCGUUUAAAUGAUGUCCUAGAAAACCGGUAUAUGGUACUUAACCAAUGUACAUACAUCGUUUUGGAUGAAGCUGAUAAAAUGAUUGAUAUGGGUUUUGAACCUGAAGUCAACAAUAUUCUCACAUAUUUACCAGUUACAAAUGAAAAACCUGAUAAUGAAGAUGCUGAGGAUGAUUCGAAGCUAUUAAGCAAUUUCGCAACAAAACAUAAGUAUCGUCAGACGGUCAUGUUCACAGCGACCAUGCCUCCAGCAGUUGAACGUCUCGCUCGUUCCUAUUUAAGGCGACCUGCAAUGGUGUAUAUUGGAAGUGCUGGUAAACCCACAGAACGAGUGGAACAGAUUGUUUAUAUGGUUUCAGAACAAGAGAAGAGGAGAAAACUAUUAGAAAUACUUGCUGCAGGACUUGAUCCACCUGUAAUCAUUUUUGUCAAUCAGAAAAAAGGCGCAGAUGUACUUGCUAAAGGACUAGAAAAACUUGGAUACAGUGCUGUUGUUUUACAUGGUGGCAAAGGACAGGAACAAAGAGAAUAUGCCUUGGCAAGUUUAAAGUCUGGUCAAAAGGAAAUCUUGGUUGCAACUGAUGUUGCCGGUCGUGGUAUUGAUAUAAAGGAUGUGUCAAUGGUUAUAAACUAUGACAUGUCUAAAACUAUUGAUGAAUAUGUACAUCGUAUUGGGCGUACCGGACGUGCUGGUAAAUCUGGUAUUGCAAUCUCACUACUUACGAAAGAAGAUGCCCCUGUAUUUUAUGAUUUAAAACAGUUAUUAAUUCAAUCUCCUGUGUCAACAUGUCCUCACGAACUCGCCAAUCAUCCGGAUGCUCAAACAAAGCCAGGUAUACUAGCUGCAAAAAAACGACGCGCAGAAGAGACAGUUUACAUUACAUAAAGAAAUAGACUUAAUUUUCAUUGUUUGCAAUUUUUAUGCUGGUUUGUAAAUACAGAGUAUAGUCCAACAAGUAUUCAUUCCAUCCUAUCGUUUUUGUACGUUAGUUCCACUUUUUCAGUGUGUUUGUACAUAAAAGCAUAAAUUUUUGAUAAAAAGCUCUGACA